ACUCUGGGUAGGAUUGUGUGUAUAAUCACUCAUACACAACGUCCCGAAAAAAAAUAGCAGAACGAACGAAAGUAAAGUCGUCCAGUCAGUGAUAGUGGUUGGAAGCUUCAUCAGCAUCGGGAGCAGUCGUUAAGUCGUUACAGCUGUCAAGAUACGAGACGACUGAAGGGAGGCCUUGGUGUAUUGCUCUUGACUUGCCGCACCAGUACAGCGACGAGCGUACAGAAUGAGGCAAAUCAAUCUAGCCGAGUCACCUCUGACGAUGGCUGCAAUCGUCCGGCGGCGAGCAGAGGCUAUCAAGCACAACAGCGAGUGCGAGACGGACGAGCAGCGGCACAACCAGACGUUACCAUCGGUCGGCACCGGCACCAUAGUGGCUUCCGAUUCGGGCGUGUUCAUGUCUACGACGGACAUCGAUGGGGCACCGAGUGCCAGCACCAGCAUCCAGCAGCUGAGUGCCGUCGAAGAAUACGGAGAAACCGCCAGCCCCAGAACCAAGCCAACUUACGUAAUCGGUGAGAACGACGACGAAGACGAUGAAGUCGAUGUCGCCGAAGUGGACGACGAAGAGGAUGGCAUCGAGUUGGAUCAACUGCCACCACCUCCAAUCCAAACCACCGCCAAUCCCAAACUGAGCAAAGGCAGAACAUGCCAGAGUCUACCGGACGUGAACAGUCCUCGGCGCCUUUGUGCACCGGUAGAAAUCGCCUGUGAUAGCACUAGUGAUAUAGUUGUAGAAUCUAGCGUAAAGGGCGAAUCGGCACAACCUUGCGAUACCGGAGGUGUCGCGAAUGCCAUAAAAACAGCUUCCAUCCCUGCAGCAACCACUCACCAACCACCGAAAAAAAUCGUGGACCCGAGUCUGCUGCAGGUCUUCUCGAUAGAUCCGAAGCUGAUCAACAAAAGUGACGGCCUUCAGCACACCCUGUACUACAUCGACGAAAAUGGAAGUCCCAAGUUGCGGGAACGGUACUCGUUGCAGCAGCAGCUGGCGGAAGAGAAAAAGCGACGGAAGAAGGAACGGAAAGCAGAAAAGUAUGGACCCGAUGGGGAGGAAACGACGCAGUGUACCUGUUUUAGCUUCAGCCGCUGGUCCCGGAAGUUUAAAAAGCUAUGUAAGGAUGGUUCAAAAGUGACAACGGUUGUGGCAACAGCCGGCCAGGGACCAGACAGACCACAGGAAGUAUCGUACACAGAUACCAAGGUGAUCGGCAAUGGAAGCUUCGGCGUUGUCUUCCAGGCGACGCUCUGUGAUACGGGCGAACUAGUCGCUAUCAAGAAGGUGUUACAGGACAAACGAUUCAAGAACCGAGAACUACAGAUUAUGCGACGGCUAGAACACUGUAACAUUGUUAAACUAAAAUAUUUCUUUUACUCCAGCGGCGAAAAGCGGGAAGAUUUUCCCUUCGACUUGGGAAUAUUUGCCGGAGCGUUACAGUCUCAGAAAGACGAAGUUUAUCUCAAUCUGGUGCUCGAAUAUAUUCCAGAAACAGUUUACAAAGUGGCUCGUUAUUAUGCUAAAAAUAAACAAACGAUACCAAUCAAUUUUAUCAGACUUUAUAUGUACCAGCUGUUUAGAAGUCUCGCUUACAUCCAUUCGCUCGGUAUCUGCCAUCGUGAUAUCAAACCCCAGAACCUGCUGCUGGAUCCGGAGACGGCCGUACUGAAGCUGUGCGAUUUCGGCAGCGCCAAACAGUUGUUGCAUGGUGAACCAAACGUAUCGUACAUCUGUUCGCGAUACUACCGGGCACCGGAGUUGAUAUUUGGUGCCAUAAACUAUACCACGAAAAUCGAUGUCUGGAGCGCGGGAUGCGUACUAGCGGAACUGCUUCUCGGUCAGCCAAUCUUCCCUGGCGAUUCCGGCGUCGAUCAGCUGGUGGAAAUCAUCAAAGUCCUCGGCACGCCAACUCGGGAACAGAUCAAGGAGAUGAACCCGAACUACACGGAAUUCAAGUUUCCGCAAAUCAAGAGUCAUCCAUGGCAGAAGGUAGGUGCUUUUGGCUUCAGCUUAGCGAUAAGCGAAUAGUAAAGCAAACAACAGCUAGUCAGUCGACACACUUACCGCAAACCACACCGCCGAUG